CCACCUGUAUAAGAGAGGGACACAAAAAAGUUUCUCUCACUCUGAGGAGCAGUUCUUGUUGCUUUUCUGAUCUCAGUAGAUUAGACUCUUAAGCAUAACAUUCUUAGCAGCUUUAUGCACAGAGGAUUUUGAUAUUAGAUUUGUUCAGCUUUAAAUAAAACAGAUUGUUCAUUCUACAAUCAAGACAGUUCCUGUAAGACUCUUCUCUGAACGCCGACUGCCACAGUGUAUCAUCUAAAGACACACAGUGUUUGACGAUGAUGUCCAUGAAGAUGUGGUAUCUCUUGCUGCUCGGUGCCUUCCUGCCCAUUGUUCCCACAGAGGCUGAAGUGGUGAAGUCAGUGGCCGACUGUGGCCAGUUUCUCCUUGAAGCAAAGCCACCACAGGUCCCAGGCAUCUUGGAGGGCGGGAAAAUUACGGACCAGAAUCGAUACAAACCCAUAUGCCAGACUUAUAAAGAUGAGAGAAAGUUUCUGACGCUCUACGACACCAAGAACAGGAUCCCAGUGUUUUCUGCUUUAAAGUACAGAGGGGAAGGAGGAGGAAAGCCACCCUCAGACGAGUGGAUGAUAGAGCCACAGCUUGAGAAUGAAGAAGACAAGAACAAGAACAUGUUGGAUGUAGAAAGAGACAGGACCUACAACAACCAGGCUGGGGACAAUGAUUACAAAGACCAAAAAGGGUUUACCAGGGGCCAUUUAAUUGCAAGCUCUUAUGGGUUCCAGAUAUCUGGCAAAAUGUCCACCUACACCCUGACCAACAUUGUUCCACAACAAAAAACAUUCAACGAGGGAAGCUGGUACAAAAUGGAGAAGUGCGUCAAAUGUAUUAUGGACCGGCACUGUACCAACAAUGGUGUUACUGAAGCCUAUGUGGUAACUGGAGCACAACCCAACAACAACAACAAACAACUCAAUAACAGGGUUAAUAUUCCUGACACGCUCUGGUCAGCAUUCUGCUGCUUUGACUCCAAAAAGAAGAAAUGGAUCGCAAACGCACACUGGGGCAACAAUGAUCCAGAAAUUUUAUCUGAAAAGAAAACUCUGCCAACUAAGACUCUGGGAGAGCUCAAACAACAACUGGGGAUAGAAGUGUUUCAUGAAACACAGUGUCCUAAGACUGUGUUCUUCACAAACGUUGACAACUGCCCAUGCCCCCGCUCUGCUUCAACCACUUCGUCCCAUCUCAAUUAAAAUCUUCCCCUUUCACACCCAACAUUUGGUCCACUAUAUGCCUUGUCCUGCUUUCAUCUGCCUGGCUCUUCAUCAUGUCUUUGGGGUUCUAACUGUAUGAGGAAAAUAUAAAUCUGUGAGGAAAAAUUGGGAAUCUCAAACAAGGCCUUUAAUCUGUCAUUAUUCAAUUAUGUUGAAUAUUUAAUCAAACGUUAAAGUUUGAAAAAAAAAGAUGUAUGUAUAAAAUGAACUAAUUCAAUACAGAAUUAACAAACUAAAAAAAUGAUUUGUCACAAAUUUUUGAAUCUUCAGGCUAAACCGCUGUUUUUUUUUGUUUUUUUUUUACAUUUUACUGUAUUUCACUUUAUUUUUAAUUUCAUUUGUUAUGAUGAUGGGACUCUGGAUAAGUGAAAGUGCCCUUUGCAUGGCUUCAGAUGGAAGACAAAUGUGGAAAACAUGAGGUUGUGAAUGAAAUAAACUGCAGCCUACACCUGA